AUAUUUUUAGUUCUCGGCGGACACAACAUCUUUGUUGGUAUGUGGUGCUGAGGAUUGAACCCAGGCCGCACGCAUUCCAGGCGAGCAUGCUACCGCUUGAGCCACAUCCCCAGCCCCUGGUUAUGUCUUAUAACUGAUCUCCAUAAGCCCCAGUCAUUCAUCUUCCACAUUGCCACAAGGCCCCUGCCUAAAAUCCUUUGCUUUUAGUAGAAGUCUAAGCUCCUUGUUAUAAAAUUGAAAACCUUUCCAAUCUGGUCCCAGUAUAUAUCUAUGUUGAUUUACUGCCUCAAAUCUCAUUGCUUUCUUGUCACUAAAUAUACAUGCUUGUGUAUGUUUGGCACCAGGGAUCUAACUUGGGGCACUUUACCACUGAACUAUAUCCUUGGCCCUGUAAGAUAGAGUCUUGGAAAGUUGCUGAGACGGGCCUCAAACUUGUGAUCUUCCUGUCUGAGCCUCCUGGGAUUACAGGGGUGCAGCACCAUGACCAGCAUGCUUUGUGUUUAUAUAUCUACCUUUUUAAAAAAAAAAUUUAAAAAAUUUUUAGUUGUAGGUGGACACAAUACCUUUAUUUCAUUUUUAUAUGGUGUAAGGAUCAAACCCAGUGCCUCACACUUGCUAGGCGAGCACUCUACCACUGAGUCACAACCCCAGCCCUUUACUCCUACUCUUUGCUUUAAACAACCACUCUCUUAAAAUCAUUAUGUUGACCUUUUUUUUUUUUUUUUUUUUUUGGUGCUGGGGAUUGAACCCAGGGCUUUGGGCUUGUGAGACAAGCACUCUAGCAACUGAGCUAUACCCCUUACCCCUUUGUUGACCUUUAAGAUGAUUUAAAUGUCCCUUUCUCUGAAACCCUCUUGGCAUCUUUCUUACUUUAUCUUCUAUGUCUUAGGCAUAAUUACUUGAUCUUUCUUCUUGUAAACAGUUUUGGGGCAUAUCUCUAGUGUGACACGUAAUUUUCUGGCUUCUUAUUGAUAUAGCUGCUUGACUUUCUAGACUAUGAAUUCCUGAAGGGCAGGAAUAAUUUCUGUCUGAAAUUAUUAGGCCCAGCACCUAACAAACCUUUUCUAGACUGAAAUCCAUAGCUACCUGCUGAAUUAAAUAAAGGAACAGCUUACUUUGUAGUCAAUAGGAUCAAAGGUAAAUAAUUGGGGGGCUGGGGGUGUGGCUCAGUGGAAGCACACUUGCCUAGCAUGUGUGAGGCACUGGGUUCAAUUCUCAGCACCACAUAAAAAUAAAUAAAAUAAAGGUCUAUCAACAACUAAAAAAAAUAAAAAUAAAUUAUUGGAUCAUUGCUGACUUGAAUCAGGGAGCCCUAAUGAAAGUGAUUAUGUAGAGGCUGGGGUUGUAGCUCAGUUGUGGAGCACUUGCACAUGUGAGGUACUGGGUUCCAUCCUCAGCAACACAUAAAAAUAAAUAAAUAAAAUAAAGGUAUUGUGUCCAUCUGAAACUUAAAAAAAUAUGUUUUAAAAAGUUUGGUGGGAUCUAUAAAGUCUUGACUCCUAUGUGGUAGUCCUUUAAGACCUUCCUAAUUCCUCAGUUAGACUAUUGCCACCACUACCAUCCUACCUCUUUUUUUCUUUUCCACAGUACUGGUGAUUGAACGUAGGACCUCCUGAGUGCUAAGCAAGGAUUUGACAACUGAGUAUGUUCCCAGCCCUUUUAUUUUAUUUUUUUAAUUGUGGUACUAGGGAUUGAACCCAGGGCCUUGCUCAUGCUAGGCAAGCACUCAACCACUGAACUACAUUCACAUUCUGUUUAUAAAUUUUUAUUUUUCGACAGCGUCUCACUAAGUUGCCCAGGCUAACCUCAAACUUGUUAUCCUUCUGCCUUAGCCUCCCAAGUGAUUGGGCUUAUAGGCAUGUGUUACUACACCUAGCAGAUUAUUACACUUUUUAUUUUUGUCUCAACUCUUAAAACCUAACUACCCAGAGCAGGUGUAAUUCCCGUCAACCUGAUCGAUUGUUUCUUCCUUAGGAGUAGUUAUUUAAAGCUUUCACUGAGGAGACUACCUUUUUGUCUCAACCUUACCCUGUCUCACUCUGAGGAGACAGCCUCCUGAGACAUACCAGACAAAAGAAGUUAUUUGAUCUUCAACUCCCACCCCCACCUUAGACUUAUCUCAUCUUGGAGCAGCUGAAGGAAGAUAGCUGGAACUGAGCACAACAUUUCAUGGACUUCACUGGCACAGCCCCACAGGCUCUUAGAAGGGCCCAAGAAAGGAUGAGUAGCUGUCUCUAGUCCUAGUCGUUCUACCAGCUUCUAUUACACAAUCAUUGGAGCUUUUACUCCCCCUCCUGAAAGGCCUCAGCAUGCUCAGAGAGUACUCAUACACUUACCACCACCCCACCCCUUCCCAUCUAGCCAGUUUAUUCUGACAAGCUUUCCAGGAAGCCACUAGGGGGCAGAAAGCUUGAAAAAUAGGGAACCAAUCCCCUCUGACUAAAUCUAAUGGGACCCAGCUGCUUGUAGUUGUGGAAAUAAUUACCUAUGACUGUGGAUACUUUGGGGAAGAAUCUGGUGGAGUUGGGCUUCUGUCUGUUGCAACACAAGCCAUUGACCUUCUUCCAGCUCCUGCUGACAUUCUCUUUACAUACCCUAUAUUCUCCCUUCAUAUUUUAUAUUUGUAGAACUUAAUACAUAUAGGAGGUGUACUGUGUUUAUUAAUCAUCAGAGAAGUUACUUUCUGCCUUCUUGCCACAGCGCAGACUUUGUCCUAUGUCUGCUGUCCUCUGGUGGUGAUAGUUUGAACUGUACCUACCUUCUAAUUAGUGGUCUGCUGGCAGAUAAUGCUGGAUAUUUUUUCAGUAAUCCAAAUUCAAAUUUUGAAGUAUGCAUUUAAUGGAAAAUUUUUUCAUUGCUGAAUUUUGUAUUCAUUUUUAGACAGCAUUACAUAAUACAAAGAAUAGAACCUGGUCUUUUGAGUCAGAAUUGCCUAGGUUCAUAUCACAGUUCUGCUGUUUUCUACUGACCUUGGGCAACUUACCUAAACUGAAUUUUCUUGUUUAUAGAGUGGAGAUAUAAUAAACAUCUCAGCGGGGGAAUUAGAUGAUUGUAAAAUGCAUAGCCCCAACUACCCUAGCACAUAGUAGGUGCUCAAUAAAAAGUUGUAAUUGCUUCAAUAAUGGUAAUUUGCUCAGUGUGUGAAUCCAUGUGAUUUUUGUUUCUUUCUUUGUUUUGUAGUGCUGGGGAUUGAACCCACAACCUCACAUAUGCUAGGCAAGUGCUCUACUACUAAGUUAUAUCCCCAGCUGUUUUAUUAUUAUGGUAAAAUACACAUAAAAAAUUAACCAUUGUAACUAUUUUCAGUGUCAUUUUUUUUAACUCUGAAAAAUUUUAUGUACUUUCUGACCCAUGAGUUUGAAAAAUGAGGUAAAAUCUAGUAUGGGGUAUAAGGCCUCCCUCUGCCCAGGAAGCUGUAGAUUUGAGCCCUGAAUACAUGAGUUACAGGGGAUCUUGGGCAAAGCUAAAUGGCUCUAGGUAUUUGACCUUGCUUUGAUUUCUAGCCUGAGAAAGGCUGACUGGAUCCUGCACCUUCUUCCAAGGUCAGCAAAGGGCAGAGAUUUGUAGUUAGGUAUCACUGGAUUCUCAGCUGGGCCUCCAAAUCCCCCUCCUCCUGCUCUUCAGAGAAAAUAGGAGGUGGCUAAAGAGAGGAGGAUAUGAGAUUGGUUCUCUGCUCCUCCCUUUCUUUCCCUGUUUUCCUCAUACCCACUCUCUCCCCCACAGCAGCCUUCUCCCCCACAGCGAGACUGGGAUAGGACAGAGGGGGUGGAGUUGGGGACUCAAGGCUUGGAAGCUCCAUAGUGCCCUGUAUCUGAAGGGAGCUUUGCUCUGGGGCAGCUGUGCUGGCUUAUGCUGUCCUCCUCCUGCUGCUGGCAUCCUUCAACAAGAUGCUGGGGAGAUUGGGACUUUGGGCAUUGCUUCCUACAGCUGUACAAGCACCACCAAACAGGAGGACCUGUGUGUUCUUUGAGGCCCCUGGAGUGCGGGGAAGCACAAAGACACUGGGGGAGCUGCUAGAUGCAGGACCAGGGCCUCCCAGGGUUAUUCGCUGCCUCUACAGUCACUGCUGCUUUGGGAUCUGGAACCUGACCCAAGGCCGGGCCCAGGUGGAAAUGCAAGGAUGCCGAGACAGUGAUGAGCCAGGCUGUGAAUCCCUCCACUGUGACCUGAGUCCCCGAGCCCAUCCCAGCCCUGGCUCCACUCUCUUCACCUGCUCCUGUGGCACUGACUUUUGCAAUGCCAAUUACAGCUAUCUGCCUUCUCCAGGGAACCUGGGGGUUCCUGGCCCCCAAGGUACCCAGGCUACCCCAGGCGAGUCCAACUGGAUGGCAUUGGUGCUGUUGGGGCUGCUUCUCCUCCUCCUGCUUCUACUGAGCAGCAUCAUCUUGGGUUCUUCUCUGCAACCAGCCCUGCUACAGCGAAAAGCCUACAGAGUGCAAGGUGGGCCACAGCCAGAGCCAAACUCAGGCAGGGACUGGAGUGAGGAGCUGCCGGAGCUGCCAGAGCUAUGCUUCUCCCAGGUAAUCCAAGAAGGAAGUCACGCAGUGAUGUGGGCCGGAAGGCUGCAAGGAGAGCUGGUAGCCAUCAAGGCCUUCCCUCCAAGGGCUGUGGCCCAGUUCCGAGCUGAAAGAGCAGUGUAUGAGCUGCCAGGCCUACAGCAUGACCACAUUGUCCGCUUUAUUACUGCUGGCCAGGGGGGCCCUGGCUCCUUGCCCUCUGGGCCCCUGCUGAUACUGGAAUUGCAUCCCAAGGGCUCUCUGUGCCACUACUUGACCCAGCACACCAGUGACUGGGGAAGUUCCUUGCGGAUGGCACUCUCCCUGGCCCGGGGCCUGGCAUUUCUGCAUGAGGAACGCUGGCAGGAUGGCCAGUAUAAACCAGGUAUUGCCCACCGAGAUCUGAGCAGCCAGAAUGUGCUCAUUCGGGAAGACAGGUCAUGUGCAAUUGGAGAUCUAGGCCUAGCCUUGGCGCUCCCUGGUUUCAGUGGGUCCCCUGCCUGGGCUCCUUCUCAAUCCCAAGGCCCAGCUACCAUCAUGGAGGCUGGCACCCAAAGGUACAUGGCGCCAGAACUCUUGGACAAGACUCUGGACCUCCAGGACUGGGGCACAGCUCUUCGGCGAGCAGAUGUUUACUCUCUGGCUCUACUUCUAUGGGAGAUCAUGAGCCGCUGCCCCGAUUUGAGCUCUGAUGGCAGACCAUCACCUUUCCAACUGGCCUAUGAGGCAGAACUGGGCAACACUCCCACCACCUGUGAGCUAUGGGCCUUGGUAGUAGAGGAGAGGAGGCGCCCUUAUAUCCCAUCUACCUGGAUAUCCUUUGUUACAGACCCUGGUGGACUGAGGGAGCUCUUGGAAGACUGCUGGGAUGCUGAUCCAGAAGCACGACUGACAGCUGAGUGUGUACAGCAGCGCCUGGCUGUCCUGGCCCAUCCUCAGGAGGACCACCCCUUCCAAGAGAAUUAUACACACGGCUGCCUACCUCUCUGCCCAGAAGACUGUACCUCCAUUCCUACCCCUGCCAUUCUCCCCUGUGGCCUCAGCUGAGGGCCUGUCACUUCAGUAUUCAUUAAGGCCUUGAUUCCAGGAAUCCUUAGUUUUAUCUUAGUUCUCAUGUGUAAAUGAGCAGUUUAUGUGGAAUCUAUGUUCAUGUAAACAUAAAUGUGAUCAUGUGCCUGUUUGGGCUGCCUCAUGACUACCUUUCCCACUUGCUGAAUCUGGGAUUAUUCUGUGGCAUCUGGUUCACAGCAGUUCUGACCAGUGAAUAGUGGUAGAUGUGCACAGGAAAAAGAAUAAAGUGAGUUUUCCAGAUUUUUA